AUGGAUCUGGUCACGUUCCUGGUGCUCACCCUCUCCUGUCUGCUUCUCCUCUCGCUCUGGAGACAGAACUCUGGGAGAGGGAAGCUCCCACCUGGCCCCACGCCUCUCCCAAUUAUUGGAAACAUCCUUCAGAUAGAUGUGAAGGACAUCAGCAAAUCCUUAACCAAUUUCGCAAAAGUCUAUGGCCCUGUGUUCACUCUGUACUUUGGUCCGAAGCCUACUGUGGUGGUACAUGGAUAUGAAGCAGUAAGAGAAGUCCUGGAUGACCUUGGAGAGGAGUUUUCUGGGAGGGGUAGUUUUCCAAUUGUUGAAAGAACGAAUAAAGGUCUGGGGAUCAUUUUCAGCAAUGGAACAAAAUGGAAGGAGCUUCGGCGCUUCUCACUUAUGACCUUGAGGAAUUUUGGGAUGGGGAAGAGGAGCAUUGAGGAUCGCAUUCAAGAGGAAGCGUCCUGUCUUGUGGAAGAGCUAAGAAAAACAAACGGCUCACUCUGUGAUCCCACAUUCAUCCUGAGCUGUGCUCCCUCCAACGUGAUCUGUUCAGUUAUUUUCCACAAUCGUUUUGAUUAUAAAGAUGAGAAUUUUCUUAACUUGAUGGAAAAGUUCAAUGAAAACUUUAAAAUCAUGAACUCCCCAUGGAUGCAGGUAUGCAAUGCUCUGCCUGCCUUCAUUGAUUAUCUCCCAGGGAGUCAUAACAAAGUAAUUAAAAAUUUUAAUGAAAUAAGAAGUUAUAUUUUGGGGAGAGUGAAAGAACACCAAGAAACAUUGGACAUGGAUAAUCCCCGGGACUUCAUUGACUGUUUCCUGAUCAAAAUGGAACAGGAAAAACACAAUCCCCAUUCUGAGUUUACUAUUGAAAGCUUGAUGGCUACUGUGACCGAUGUGUUUGUAGCUGGAUCAGAAACCACAAGCACUACCUUGAGAUAUGGACUCUUGCUCCUACUGAAACACAGAGAUGUCACAGCUAAAGUCCAGGAAGAGAUUGAUCAUGUGAUUGGCAGACACAGGAGUCCCUGCAUGCAGGACAGGACCCGCAUGCCCUACACAGAUGCAAUGGUGCAUGAGAUCCAGAGAUAUAUUAACCUCAUCCCAAACAAUGUGCCCCAUGCAGCUACCUGUAAUGUUAGAUUCAGAAAUUAUGUAAUUCCCAAGGGCACAGACUUAGUAACAUCACUGACUUCUGUGCUACAUGAUGACAAAGAAUUUCCCAACCCAGAAGUAUUUGACCCUGGCCAUUUUCUGGAUGAGAAUGGAAACUUUAAGAAGAGUGACUACUUUAUGCCUUUCUCAACAGGAAAGCGAAUGUGUGUGGGAGAGGCCCUGGCUCGCAUGGAACUGUUUUUGCUUCUGACUACCAUUGUACAGAAUUUUAACCUGAAAUCUUUGGGUGAUCCAAAGGACAUUGACACUACUCCAGUGGCCAAUGCUUUCGGCCGUGUACCACCUUCAUACCAGCUGUACUUCAUUCCUCGUUAA